GCGGAGGCAUCGUCGGCCAGCCGCGCUCCAGCAUCCGCGCCCUCCCCGCCUCCAUCACUGCCCCUUUCCCGUUGCAGCGCAUCCCCAGCUCUGCAGCCGCACCAUCAUGGCCCGGCCCUGGGUGCGCGGGGGGUAGCCGGGCAGGGGCCUCCCGGAGCCCCUCCCCAGCCCUACCCCCGGGACGGGGGGCCACGCAGCCAGGGACAAUGGAGAUCUCGCUGGGCCAGUGGCUCCUUAUCCUGUUCCUGGUGGUGGUCCCACUUCUGUACGAAUGGAGCGCCACCUUCAAGUACUUCUGCAAGAUGGGCUUCUACAAUGGCUAUAUCCUCUGCCUGGCUGUCCUCGUCAUCCCAGUCUGCGCGCUUCGUGGGCGCAAUGUUGAGAACAUGAAGAUAAUCAGAUCAAUGAUGCUACAUGUGAAAUACCUGUACGGGAUCAAGAUUGAUGUGCGGGGGAUAGAGAACUUCAAUAUCAAGGAGCCUUACGUGGUGGUAUCCAACCACCAGAGCUCAUUGGACUUGCUAGGGCUGAUGGAGGUGCUUCCGGACCGGUGCGUGCCAAUUGCCAAGAAGGAGCUGAUGUACAUGGGGACAGUGGGCUUGGCAUGCUGGCUGGGGGGCAUCAUCUUUAUCAACCGCAAGAAAACGGAUGAUGCCAUCAGCGUCAUGUCCGAGGCUGCCCAAACUAUGCAGCGUGAGGAUGUUCGAGUCUGGGUGUUCCCAGAAGGCACCAGGAAUCACAGCGGCUCCAUGCUGCCCUUCAAACGGGGUGCCUUCCACUUGGCUGUGCAAGCCCAGGUUCCUAUAAUCCCAGUUGUGAUUUCAUCAUACCGGGAUUUCUACAGUAAGAAGGAAAAGCGCUUCACUACAGGUACGUGGUACAGUCCCUCCCUCCACUCCUUGUUUUGUUGCUGUGAACUGUUCCACUUGGGCUUCUUGGACUCAACUGCUCCAAUCCCCAUUUCGGGGGGGAGGACUCUUUCAUGGACUGGAUUGCCGGCACCGUACAGACUGAACCACCCCUUGAAUUCUAGCGGAGGGAAGCAGAGGGGGAUCGAUCCAAGGAGAGUAGGGGGGAAGGAGGAGGCUAGCGUGAGCCCCUCUGAACGUGAAAUGGAUUGAUGCUCCUGGACUGAUGCAGCCCAGCUUUUCAUGAAGGGAAUUUGAGGAAACGGCCUCAUAGAUCUCAACCCAUCCAUCCUCUCACUGGGGGACCCAUUCCCAACUCAGCCUGAGAAGGAAGAUGCAGACUCGAUCUGUCCUGAUGUCCAGUGAGGGCUUGGGUUGGUUUUUGCCUGAAGAUGACCUCCUUGGACUGAACGGAGGUGCUAAUAAAAAUCAUGGACACGACUGCUUCCCUCGCUGAGGGAGAAUGGGGUGGGGAGAAUGUGGGGUGUGCACUUGGCUCUGUACCUUCACCUGAAUGGGCAAGGGAGAGCAAGGAGAUCUAUGUGUGUGUGCGUGUGUAUGUGUGUGUGCGCGCGCGUGUGUGUUUGGGAGGGGGCUGAGAUCAUGUGACUUGUUCCAGUUGAAUUUUGUUUGAGAGGUAAGUCUUGGGCUGUUCCACUUUGGGGGAGAAACAGGGGAGGGAGAUGAUGGAUCCUACCAAGGCGGCAAGGAGGGGAAUACGACAUUCAUGCCUCCUGUCCCUUUCUCAGUGUUGAAAAAUACCCCUCCUUUUUCCUGUUCCUCCCCGCUUCUUAACCCGGGGCCAUUGUGGGAUGGGUAGACACAGCCCUCCCCAGCAUAAAUUUCCAGGGGAAGGGGAGGAGAGCCAUGCGCUGAAAUCUCUUAAGUGAGGAUGGUGGCCUUAAUCUGUCCUUUUUGGUAAAAGCUGAGGUGAAGUGGGUCUCUCAGGAGGGCAGGAAGCUGAAAGCAUUGGGAUAACACAAAGGGAACAGGGUUGAGGAAGGGUUGGAGCAAGCUGUGUGUGGGACUCCCUGGGGGGAAGGGGGGGUUGUGUAACAGACAGGGGUUAAGAGACGGGGGUAUUGCAAAUGAUUUUGUGCCAAGGGCACACCCCUUCCUGCAGGUGUGGAGAGAAGGGAAUGAGCAGGCAGGGACAGGGAAGAGAUGGCGGGAUAAUGCUGGAGACGCAGAGUUCGCCCAGACCUAAAGGAGGCAGAACAGUGAGAACUGGGAUAACUGAGGGGUCUGGGAGAGAGAGAGAGAUGGACUUGCAGAGGCCAGUCCUCUGGCUCUGCCGGUAUCUUUGGUGGGUGAGGUGCUUGGAAGGUGGGCGAAACUGGCGCGGCAUUUAUUCGCAAGAUGCAGGGGGUUGUGGUUUUUGCCAAAUAUUCCCUGUUCUUUCGGGAGAAGGGACUGCUUCUGCUCCUCUUCUGCCCUUGGGGAAUCUUUUGUUCCCCCCACCUCCCCAAUUGAAUAUUUCUGUCCUCUCCCUCGUUGGAGACCCACUUGCCUGUCCUUCUACCCGUGAAGUGAGAGAUGCCUUUCCUUGGGAGAAGGAGGGGAUUGUUGCUGGAGGAGGGAGGGACCAAUGAUCGAAUUGGGGGCCUCAUCAAGUCUGUGUUCCCAAGACCUUCCUGCUUUUAAUAAAGACCCUCAAACAA